AAAGUGCCUUCCGUUGCCCCGGUGAUCCAACCUAGCGGCAAGAGAGUGGUCUCCCAGCAACGUAGUGUAAAUAUCCAGUUAUAUUUUUAUUUUAGGUAAUACGAGAGAGCAUCAGAGAAAUGAAUGAAACGUCAGUUAGUUAAAUGGGACUGCACUAGCUGAUCCAAUAUUAGCAACAUAGCACGGGCGAAUUACAGGCUCACAGCCGAUGGUUGCUUGCUAGCCAAUGGGACUAUUUGACAAGUUGGUCGGAUGGCUGGGCUUAAAGAAGGAGGUGAAUGUGAUCUGCCUGGGCCUGGAUAACAGUGGCAAAACCACCAUCAUCAACAAACUCAAGCCUUCCAAUGCCCAGGUGCAAGACAUUGUUCCAACAAUUGGCUUCAGCAUAGAGAAGUUCAAGACAUCCAGUCUUUCAUUUACCGUCUUUGACAUGUCCGGUCAAGGCAGAUACAGGAAUCUUUGGGAGCAUUACUACAAGGAAGGGCAGGCUAUAAUAUUUGUCAUUGAUAGUGCAGACAAGCUAAGAAUGGUUGUAGCCAAAGAAGAAUUGGAAACAUUAUUAAAUCAUCCCGAUAUUAGACACAGGAGGAUCCCCAUCCUUUUCUUUGCUAACAAGAUGGAUGUCAGAGACGCUCUGUCUUCUGUCAAGGUCUCACAGAUGCUCUGUUUGGAAAACAUCAAAGACAAGCCCUGGUACAUCUGUGCCACCGAUGCUAUCAGAGGAGACGGUUUACAAGAAGGAGUCAACUGGCUCCAAGAGCAAAUCAAAACAAUGAAAACAUGAGCGCGUGAGGAGCAACCACCAGAAUGACCACCAGGAUUCACAGAUGUUUUUUUGAAUUAUUGCUUUGCUGUUUUUGAAGCACCAUUUGAAGCUGUUUCCGAUGAUAUAUAAGUGUUAAAACAAAAAAUUCAAAUGUCUAAAAAGCAAGUGGACCACAUUUUCACUUGGUUAGAGAAGUGCACAAAAAGCAGCAGGUGGACUUGGUAAUUGCUUCCUAUAAAAUUUUAAGAUUUGUUAAGAUACAUUGUUGUUUGGGUAAAUUUUACUUCAUUGUAAAAUCAUUGGGAAUCAGAAGAAAAAAGAGGCAAAAUGUGUUGAGAUUCCUGUCUUUUUCAAAACUACAUUGGCUGUUUUGUGCUUACACUAACGACAGGCACUUUGUCUUCACUUCAUAUAAUUUAGAAUGGAGCUCUGCUCAAUUUUAAGCAAAGUUACUCUAGGACAAUAAACAAAACAAUAAAUAAAAAAUGAAAAACAACAUUCCAACAAAUUUACCUAUUUUAAAGAGAAUAUAAUUUAUGUGUAAUAAUACCAAUUGUAAUGUUCCCUUUUAAAUAGAACAUAGUUAGCUGAAACAGUCAUAUACAAAUACUAAGUCAGUGUAUGUACAGAUGUGAAAUAAGUAGGUGAAAACUGCAAAAAUAAGUCAAAGUCAGUCUCUGCAAAGCUAAAUUCCAGCUACUGUCCUUUUUGGAUUGAUUCCAUUUCCAGUGAACAAGAUGCAAUCAUUCAAAAAGGCUGCUUUCAGUUUACUCUCAGUACUUCAAUGAAUCAAAGGAAGACCAGAAAGCAUAAAAUUACAGUCUAUACAAAAGAUUGUUUGUUUUUUUUUGUUGUUGUUGUUUGUUUUUUUAAGGCUUUGAUCUUUUUAUAUAGACUGACCUAGUGCUUGCUAUAAAAGCAGCUUGUUUCGUCAAUGUUAACCUGUAGUACUUCAGCCCUGGUUUCUAAAAAUUUUUUUGUUUUUAAGCCUUUUUUGGUUAGAAUUAAUCAGUAUUAUAUAUGUAUAUAUAUAUAUAUAGACAGAACAGUGUGACAACUAAGCUCACAGAUUUAAAAGUGGCAGCUACAAAGGCUUUAAGUUGCAUUUAUUUCUAAGAAAUAAUCUGACUUUAAAGCACUAAAUUAAAAUCAAUACAUUUCUUUAUUUUAAUCCUUUACCUAUGCCACAUACAAGGUUUGUCAAUUGUGGCUAAAUAAUGUUUAGCAGCAACAACAAAGCUGAAACAACUUUUUCUACCAUCAUUUGAAUGUUGUCUCAGAAAGUAACUGUUCCUAAAGCAAGACUUUAUUGAACUAAUUAGAGCUUGAGGUCUGUCAAAGAUGUUUUCCUUCAUGUGAAUGACAUGUAACUAAAAUAGUGCAGAUGGAGGAAGCUGUUCCAGUAACAAUCACAUUGAGGAACUAUUGAGGUAUUUGCAAAACCUAAUGGUAGCUGUGAAGAAGCUUGUACUUGUAUAGCAUAUAAAGAUCAGAGAACCCCAAAGCUCUUCAUGCUACGUUCACUCAAUCACCCCUCCUCAUUCAGAUAUCACAUACUCUGAACUAUGAAUAAAACCUUAUCAAUUUGUUUAGAUAGUUAGGGAAAAUAUGCUAAAAAGUGUGUGAUAGUUGUCAGGAAAGCAAAGAAAAACAUGUUUUAAUUUAUGUUACUUGUUUAAAAUGUUAUAUCCGACAGUCUGAUGCUGUCUUUGUUGUGAAAAGCUGGUGCAGGUUAGGCUCCUACAUCAGCAGGCAAUGUUUCUUCAGCGCUUCAUUUGUGAAACAACCAAAUCAAGAAAACCCCUGCUUGCUGUAACAGUGUAAACCAUGUGGAUUUAUAAUAUUUCUGUGAUUGUAAAAUAUAAUGACUUGCUGUAAGGAGUUUAGUCUGUAUCUUGUAGAGAUCUCAGAUAAUUUCUGAAGGUCAGCUGUCCUGGAUUAAUCAUGUUUUAUAUUUUAAACUGAUAUCAUUUUUAGAUUAUUUGCUGAAACUGCAUUUUUCAAAGGCCUGUUUCUAUUUUAUUCCAUUCCGUGUUUUAAUUUUCAAAUAAUAAAUUUUGUGGAAAUCCAA